CAUUGAGGAAGUCGGAGUGAUAAGUUGCAGUGUCUAUGGAAUACCUUUAAAAGUUUACCGGGAUUACUGUGGCCAGUUUGCUAUGGUUCAUGGGGACGCCGGGCUCUCGCACUAUAUACACGAGGAUGUUGGCCGCAGGGACACCGGGGUCGGUGGAUGGGACUCAGAAUGAGCAGUACUUCCUGCGUCUCCACCUUCUUCUAAUGAAGGCUGGCGAGGUUCUCAGGGAAAAAUUCGACUCUAUUGUUAACCCAAACAACCUGCUGAAUGAACUGAGAAAUCACAAACGCGUAAUUGAUAAAUUGCAGAAAGAUGGUGUAAUUUCUAGGGACCAAUAUCGUCUGCUCAAUCCUAAUCCAGACUCAAAAAGGUUUGACGUUAGUCUGCUGAUUGUUCUGCUCAGAAACAUCUGCAACUUGCAGCCAAACAAUCCUCUUUGGAAAGAGAACGACAACAGCAAAAUAACGGACACCAUGCCUCCUAUCAUUGCAAACAUCGUGCGGAUAAGGAAUCUUCGUAACAAGAUGCCGCAAAAGAAUGUGGCUUAUUUGAACCAAAAAGAGUUUGAAGAAAACUGGCGUCUCCUCGAAAAUGCGAUGGUAACACUUGGCCAGUCAUGUGGGCUGAAUGACGUGGAGGCUGAUAUCGCCGAGCUGAUGACAAAGACCCUCGACGUUGUGACGCCUGAAAUGAAAAGCCUCCGGGAGAUAACGUUAUGGUUCCUUGAGGAGAGCUGUGAUGAUGAAUUCUACGUGGAAACAGCCCGUUUUCAAGACGCCAUUCAUUUGCUAAAAGAGAAGCAUUUCAUCGUGCUAACUGGUCAUCCAGGUGAGGGGAAAACUGCCAUGGCAGCCAAGCUGGCCCUAGCUGAAGGCACGAAGCCGGAAAACUGCCUUAAACUUCAACAUGCACGAGACUGGAGAAAAAUUGAUUGGUCAUUAAAGCUGUUUAAUACAGUGAUUGUAGACGAUAUGUUUGGAGGAGAUGUACUCGACCAAAAUCUUAUUGCUGAUUGGAAACUGUACCUGCCUGAAAUGGAGAGAGCUGCACUGCAGAAUCGUUUGAGAAUCAUAAUUACCACAAGGCACUACAUUAAAGAGGAGGCUUUGGAAGAAAUGGCUCACAAUGUUUAA